UUGUUGGUACCAGUAUUAUUUAUUAUUAGCAUUAGCCGCAUUAGCCGCAGCUGUGUGUUGUCAUGUCCAGAGCGGCCGGUCCCGUCACUAAAUAGGUGUUUGGAUCUCACCUUUCGGGGAGAGCCCGAGGUUAUAGAAGUUUUGUCGGAUAGAAAAAAACUGAGAUGAAAUGACAACGUCAACACUACAGAAAGCGAUUGAUCUCGUCACCAAAGCCACAGAGGAGGACAAGGCGAAGAACUACGAGGAGGCCUUGCGCCUGUACCAGCAUGCCGUGGAGUACUUCCUGCACGCCAUCAAAUAUGAGGCCCACAGCGACAAGGCGAAGGAGAGCAUACGAGCAAAGUGCAUGCAGUACCUGGACCGAGCGGAGAAGCUCAAGGACUAUCUGAAGAAUAAAGACAAGCAGGGCAAGAAGCCCGUCAAGGAGGCGCAGAGCAAUGACAAGAGCGACAGCGACAGUGAAGGUGAAAACCCAGAGAAGAAGAAGCUGCAGGAGCAACUCAUGGGUGCCAUCGUAAUGGAGAAGCCCAACGUGAGGUGGAACGAUGUGGCUGGACUGGAAGGAGCUAAGGAGGCUCUGAAAGAAGCCGUCAUCCUGCCCAUUAAGUUCCCGCACCUCUUCACAGGUAAGCGGACUCCCUGGAGAGGCAUCCUGCUGUUCGGACCUCCGGGGACGGGGAAGUCCUACCUGGCCAAGGCCGUGGCCACCGAGGCCAACAACUCCACCUUCUUCUCCGUGUCGUCCUCAGACCUCAUGUCCAAGUGGCUGGGAGAGAGUGAGAAGCUGGUGAAGAACUUGUUCGACUUGGCUCGUCAACACAAACCUUCGAUCAUCUUCAUCGACGAGGUGGAUUCUCUGUGCGGCUCCAGGAACGAGAACGAGAGCGAAGCCGCCCGACGCAUCAAGACCGAGUUCCUGGUCCAGAUGCAAGGUGUGGGAAACAACAACGAUGGUAUUUUGGUGCUGGGAGCCACUAACAUCCCCUGGGUGCUGGACGCCGCCAUCCGCAGGAGGUUUGAGAAGCGUAUCUACAUCCCUCUGCCCGAGGAACCGGCCCGAGCUCAGAUGUUCCGGCUUCACCUGGGAAAUACGCCGCACAGCCUGAGUGAACCCGACCUGCGACAACUCGCCCACAAAACCGACGGCUACUCCGGCGCCGACAUCAGCAUCAUCGUCAGAGACGCCCUGAUGCAGCCGGUCCGGAAGGUCCAAUCAGCAACGCACUUCAAGAAGGUUCGCGGUCCGUCCCGAAGCAACAACCAGGUGAUGGUGGACGACCUCCUGACUCCGUGUUCCCCCGGAGACCCCGCGGCCAUAGAGAUGACCUGGAUGGAAGUUCCCAGUGAUAAACUACUGGAGCCCAUCGUCUGCAUGUCGGACAUGCUGCGCUCUCUGUCCACCACCCGUCCCACGGUCAACACCGAGGACCUCCUGAAGGUAAAGAAGUUCACAGAGGACUUUGGGAUGGAGGGCUGAGAGACGGAGCUCCACGUCAGAGACCAUCUGACUCGGUCCGGUCCAUCAAACUGCCCCCGGUAACAGCACUCCCUCCUCCUUCCUCCUUCCUUCCUUCCUUCCUCCUCCUCUCACCGCUGUAUCAACCUUCUAAGGCUUCUCAUCUCUGGGCUCAGCACUUGUUUCACUGCCUCCCGUGGAUUUAAACCUGGAGGCGUUUUGAAUCCUCAGCGAGGACACUGAGCAAAUGCUGCAGCAGAAAAACCUCCGUGUGAUUUAGUAGCUGGACCAUAGAUCCCACGUCGUUUCCCUCCUCCUCCUCCUCCUCAGCGUAUUUAUUCACUACGACAACUCUUCAUCGUCCUCGCUGCGUUUGGACACGUUCAUCCCUCUGAGCCGAUUCCGUUUUCAUUUCAUUUUAUUUUUGGGACUGAAGGACCGAACGUUCUGCCGCCGCCGCCGUCGUGCACUUUUUUUUUUUGCUUCGGAUCGAAAACGAAGGACGAGACAUGAAGAAGAAACGAAAACCAAGUGAAGCUGUUAUUAGUCCUCCUGCCAGGCAUGCGAGUGUGUGAAUGCAUCAAGUGUUUUUAUUAAAACUUGUGUCUGUGUCUUAAUGUUAACGUUCAAACGUGGAGAGCUCCGUUGAUUUAUUGUUUAAUUUAAGAGUUAAAUUAUUAGAGAUGUGCUUGACUGAAACGUCACCGAGCAGGAAACGUUCAGAGCUGCAGUUAAAGCUCAUUUAAAUCUUCUUCUUCUGUGUCAGUCUUUGGGUUUCAGAAGCAAAUUAAACGUUUAAUGAGUUAAACCUGAACUCUGCAAAGUGUUUUUUUUUAAUGUUUUCUGAGGCAGUUUAAAGUUAAUACUCACUAAUUAAAGUCUCUGUACAGAGACUAAUGCAUAAUAAUAAUAAUAAAUAAAUGGGAGUCUCCUUAAAAACGGUCUGAUGUUGAGCUUUAGCUGGAAUUUAACCAUCGACUGAAAAUAAAUGUAGUGAAGAUAAACUUCUUUUCUUAUUUAAGUUAUUUUAAGUUGUUAGUUAUUUAAAAACACUUGAUUUUAAGAUAUUUUUUCUGUUGCAGGAGGUUAAGACUCAAAACAUUUAAAGCGUUAAAUCUAAACUUUGACUGAAAGUGUUUUCAGUCCAUGACGAACUGAUUUUAGUAGAUUUUAGUUUAAUGCUCUGAUGUUAAAGUGACCUGACAUUUAGUUUGAAUCUGGAGACGUUUUAUUAUAUGAAAAAUAAUUCAGAGCUAAUUCUCUCUAAAUCUCUGAUCCGUCGUUGAGUUGAAGUGAAAUUUAACCGUCGUUUGUUUUCAUCACCAGUUGAUCUGAUUAUUUAUUUAUUUUCUCAUUUAACUGAUGAAUUUACAAAUAAACUGUCAGAUAUUUUUCAAAACUUCGAAA